CCACACCAGAGAAAGCGCGCGUGCCACGACUCAUACUCCUCUCUUGAUGUCUCGGAAUGUGUAUAAACAGCGAACGGAGAGGCAGACUCAGGGGAAAACGGAGAGGGGGAGGAGAAGUAUCCAAAGUGAAAACGCCGUGAAAUUGCAUAAAAUAUGCCACUGAGCUCUCAGCACACUUCCACUCCGAUAUCUCUCCGCACAGACUGGAUGUUCAGAGCCGCUUGUGAAGGGAAGAUCUUCCAGACAGUGCGUUCCAUGGACCAGUAUCUCAACAACUGUCCCUUCUUAACAUGUUGGAUGUGUAUUAUGUUAGUUGAAGGACAGAGUUUUGUUGAAACCUGCUGCUGAAAGCUGCAACGUUAAAACGAGAAACUUUCAACAGACUGCUCAGACUUCAGAGAUUUUUCAUUCUUUCUAAAAUGCACUUAUUUGGAAUUUCUGUCUUCUGUAUUGUAUUGCUGUGUGCAAACCUUGCUUUGGAGUCAAGUCACGAAUACUACGAUUAUGAAGAAGAUCAAGCGGAUGACCUGAAUAACCAACUGUUACCGAAGACAGUCACAAUGCCCUGCGCUGAGGAUUCGCACAGCUCACUAGAGCGGAGGUGCACGCCACAUUCGGCGCGAAGAGCUACAGUUUGGAGGCAGGACCGAGCGCUCGCGGCCCAGGGGCAGCAGCAGGAGCAUUCAGAGCCAGACCUGGUGGAACAAUUGCGUUCCGCGGGUAGUGUGGAUGAACUUAUGAGGAUAGUUUACCCCAGCUACUGGAGCAUGCUGAAGUGUCAUUCCAAGGCGGGAGGACGCUUCCCUCACAGAGAGCACGGCUCCACAGAAACAAGGUCGGAGGAGGCCUCCUUUGCGGCUGCUUUCUUCAACUUUGAAAUACUUAAAAGUAUUGAGACUGAGUGGCGAAAGACCCUGUGCAUGCCACGCCAAGUUUGUUUAGAUGUGGGGAAAGAGUUUGGUGCAGCUACAAACACCUUCUAUAAACCACCCUGCGUGUCUGUCUACAGAUGUGGGGGCUGCUGUAACAGUGAAGAGCAUCAGUGCAUGAACAUCAGCACUUCCUACAUCAGCAAGACGCUGUUCGAAAUUACAGUUCCUGUCAAGCAAGGGACCAAGCCAGUUACCAUAAGCUUUGCAAAUCACACUUCCUGCAGCUGUCUAUCAAAACUGGAUGUGUACCGACAACGACACUCAAUCAUACGAAGGGCAUUACCAGAAUGUCACAGGGCAAAUAAAACAUGUCCAAAAAAUCACAACUGGAGUAAUCGGCUAUGCAGAUGUGUGCCGCUGCAUGACACCCUUCUUUCAAAACCACAUUCUGACUCUUUUGAGCAAGACUUCUGCGGUCCUGAUAAAGAGCUGGAUAAUGAGACCUGUCAGUGUGUAUGUCGAAUGCAGCUGAGAACAGCAGGCUGUGGACCGUACCGCUACCUGGACAAGAACACAUGUCAGUGCGUGUGUAAAACACAGCCCUCCACAUGCGGGCCUCAUCAGAGCUUUAACAAGGACACCUGCCAGUGCACCUGUGCCAAGGUGUGUCCUAAGAGUCAGCCCCUCAACCGCACCAAAUGUGUGUGUGAAUGCACAGAGUCCCCUAACAAGUGCUUCUUAAAAGGGAGGCGGUUCCACCCAGGCACAUGCAGUUGUGUCAGGCCUCCAUGUAAUGUAGACCCCCGGAGAAGAAGAUGUAAGGAGAAUGAGUAUUUCAGUGAGGAACUGUGUCACUGUAUACCCACAUACUGGGGGAGACUGGACUAAACCCAACCAAUAGGACAAGUGGCACUGAAUGUCAAUGAAGAAGCUGGCAUUUGAAGCAGUCCUGUUGUUUGGCUGCUGCUUAUUUGACUCACAUGUGCUGCUAGUCAUGUGGACUAGCGUGGAGUAACGAUUCGUUCGCGAGAGACAAGAAAUGUCCACAUUCAACCGCACAUAUCAGGCAUGGGGGGAGCUAUAAAGGACCAAGAGAGAUUUAUAAAGGCUGGAGCCAUCUUUUUUUUUAUUUUUUAUUAUUGUUUAAUUAAGUUGUCUAUUUGUUAUUUGUCAGAUAAUUGUCAGAUUAUAUAAUUUAUUGCCAUGAAAUGUUUUGAAACUCCCUUGUUCAUUGCAAUUUCGAAUCUCUUGCGAAGAAAAAAAACACUGUGAUCAAUAUUUUUGUAUCAUGUUAAGUCUUGUAAAAUAAAGUAUGAAGCUGUAUUAUAUUGUUAACUUAUUUAUAAACUAGAAUGUCUUAUUGAAAUAGUACUGCACAUGAUUAAAAUGUAUUCAAUUUUGACUACCAAAUAUAAAAACCUAUUAUUCCAGACUAAAUCAGUGCAAGCCAGCAAAAUUAUGCACCCAUUUUUUAUUUAUUUUUUUGUGCUGGAAACAUUGCUUGCUGACAAUCUAAGAGACAUAGGACUUGUCACUUACAACAAUGAAUUCAAAUUGGAAAACAUGGAAAUACGGCUUGAUAGUAGAAUACAAAGGAUUCUUAAACUCGGACAUGGACUGUUAAAAGCUGAAAACUGAAAACAUUAAUAGGUGUUUUGCAAAUUUAUAAGAGUUUCGUAAUUGAAAAAUUACACUUGGAUGGAUUCCCUGCUUACUACCAACUCCAACCUGCCUCUUCAAAUAGAAGCAGUGUAAAGUGAGAAGGAGGGAUAUCGUUUUGGACUUACACAUGCAGUGCGGCCAGCACGCGUGCCAAUAAGUGAGAAAGAAAACAGAGGAUGGGCCGCAGAA